UUUAGUACGAGUGCCAGGAGUGUUGCGGAGCUCCAAUUUUAAUACCGUUACAUUGUAGCCAACCAGAUUCUCUUUAGUAAUUUGCCUGUCCAAAGCAUUCUUCCUAACCUGGGAUGUUUUUGAGCAUAAUUUGGAUCUCUUGAUAUCCAUUUCAAGACAUCGCUUGGAUUUAUAUUAUUUAUAUUCUUAUUGUGUAAUCUCUGCAUUGAAAUGUCUGUCGUUUUCAUCAAGUCUAGGCCACUGGUCUAAUUUCCAAUUAAGAAAUUGCGCCGCAAAACGUUUCGACUUCAAAGUGAGACCGUGGAUGCGCGUUUCGUUGGAGACGUUCUGCAACAAUUUGUUGCAAACAUUCAGAGCAAAGUGAUGGAUGGAGUCGUUAUCACCUCGGUUUGCCAUGGCACCUUAAUCAUUUAGUUUUUUUAAUGUGAUUCAUCUGAGUCCUCUUUUCGUGUUAUUCAAUUAUGUUCACUUUCGCUGCCUUUUGCUAUAUGCUGUCACUGGUCCUCUGUGCUUCCCUGAUCUUCUUUGCGAUAUGGCAUAUAACAGCCUUUGAUGAACUGCAGGCAGACUUUAAGGUCCCCAUCGAUCAGGGCAAUCCACUCCAUGCGAGAGAACGACUCCGGAACAUUGAGAGGAUUUGCUGCCUGCUGAGAAAGUUGGUGCUUCCAGAGUAUUCUAUCCAUGGGCUGUUCUGUAUCAUGUUCCUGUGUGCCCAGGAGUGGCUGACAGUAGGCCUCAACAUCCCUCUGUUCUUCUACAACACAUGGAGGUACUUCCACAGCCCCACAGACACUAAGGAGCUCCUCUAUGACCCAGCCUCGGUCAUGAACGGGGACACACUCAAGUUCUGCCAAAAAGAGGCCUGGUGCAAGAUGUCCUUCUUCGUCCUGUCCUUCUUCUACUAUCUCUACUGCGUGUACUGGACCGGACCAUCCUCUAGUAGUGAGUCUCUUCAGUGGGUUUGUCACCUCGUGAUACUGAACCCCUCACUGCCCCACGGUGCCCUGCCCCCUGCACACACCACCAUACCACACCUGUGAAUCUUUCCCUCUCUCUCUUUGUUUCUCUCUCUCUCCCCUCCUUUCUCCCUCUCAUUCUCUGUUUCUCCUUACUCAGCGAUACUGUAACACUAACGGACACAGCCUUUUCUGGAGAAUGGGCCUCCUCAGAGAGAUAACCUUUAACCCCUAACCUCUGACCUCCAUUACUUCAGUCCCCCCUGACCUACUGGUGUUUGUCACAGUGGAGGUGGUCACUCUGGUGGAGUAUAAUAUGGAAUCCAAUAUAACAACUGACCUCCAUUGUUUAACCUUGAUGAGAUGUGCAUUUUCCCCUGAUGUUUAACCACUGCUAUGGAUGUUAUGUAACGUUACUGUAUAUGAAUGCUUCCCUCUUUGUCUAAUAAGUACCACUCCUAAACUGUUCUCACCCACUUCUCCACUUGUCUUUGGCAUGAUCUCUAACCCUUCCUUGCACACACACACUUACACACAGACUCACGCUCGCUCGCAUGCACACACACACACACACACACACGCACAUUUACUGUACACACGCGCACACACACAGUCUGAAGCUAUUGAGCAUCAGCUGAAUAAUGCUCUCCCACUCACAGAUUGAUGGGAAAUCAAAGAUUGACUCUGGAGGCCUAAUCCUCCCAAUUACAAUGGCCAGGUUUGCUUCGGUUCAUUAGCCCAACAGCCGUUUAAAUGUAAUGGAACAAGAAAUUAUUACGUGGCUGUGAUAAGGAAGCAGAGCUCCAUAUAAAUGUUUAUGACAAGCCCUCAGUGAGGAAUAUGCUAUAUUCGCCUGUGGAAGCCAAGCUACUGGGUGAAUUGAAACAACCUCAAUGACAGAGAGAUGACAAGCUGACAGCAAGGACAUAUGUAGCAUCUCUGUCUACCAUGAAUAGCAGUCUAAAGACGUAAUGUGAUGUAAUGAUUUUUUUUAUGUUAAUGCAGUAACAGUAACCUCUUGUCAAACUGAAUGUAGAUUCCAAGUACAGGGCUUGAAGUUUUUUUUACAGUACCAGUAAGUGGGAGAUCCAGUAGCUAGAGAGUGUCUGUUCCACACAUCUCCUCAGCUGUUGUUCAGCUUGUUGUCUUACUGUUUGGUGCAGUGUUGAAGACCAGGCUUAGUCUUCAUCAAGUGACCAGGUGAUUAAACCAGUGUUUUUUCAGCUAACAGCUGAGUAAUAAUGAAGAUGUUUGUACGGUAGAAUAGGCCCAGUGAUCAUGUGAUGAGCUACAAUUUGUAGAUACAGGCUACUUAUUAAUCUAGCUACAGCUCUGAGGGGUGAUGGAGCCUGGGCAUGAUGGAGGGCAUGGUCUGUCUAAGCUGCCUCUGGUUCCCCUGCGUAUGACACCUCCAGGCCACCAUACGUAUUGUGCGUCCAUUACAUUAGGAAACAUGGAUAUUGAUAACCCAGACAGACAGGUGAGCUCAGGCUUCACCACAGCAGCAGGGAUUAGUGUCUCACUGGCCAGAGGACACCACAUUUCUGAAUUUGGGAGUAGCUAAGUGGUCAUGAUUAGUUAAAGCAGUAAAUAAGCUAUUAUGGUACAGUUAGCUAGGAAGCUGAAUUAUUUUAGAAGAUGUUUAUUUCCCUAAGGCUAAGAACAAAUGUUAAGUAUUGGCAUCUGGGAGAUCUAGGCUUGUCUGAGCAGCUCACAAAAUGUUAUUAGGCUAACAUGACUAAUAGUUUGUAAAGAACGAAACUCUAGGGCUGUCCUUACUUUAUUAAACCAUCAAAUCGUAUAUUUCAUGAACAGUGUUGUCCACGCUAAGACAUAGGCAUACCUCUUAGUUCGAGCCCAGUUCUUCAAAUUAAUAUUAAAUAUUUACAUUUGGUUUAUCGACAAGCUUAAUCAAGCAUAACUGCAGCGGCCUCACAUCAAUUUCUUGCUUAUUUAUUUGCUCGUGUUUUGAAUAGGCAAAAUGUUUAUCCUUUGUAGUUGAGAAGGCUAUAUGCACAACAUUAAAGGGCUCUUUUAAUUGAAACUUAAAAUAAAGAAACACAAACAAAUAUCAGUGAAUCUGGCAGGCACCCAGGCAUGGGUCCUAAAAAAGACACUACACACUACUAUACCACACAUGGAUUAAUCAGUUGUUUCUGAAACACUUUUAACACACACUUGAAUGCUCCUUUCUUGUAUGCUUAUUCAUUCCAGUGGAUCAGUUUAUAAUGGGAUCAUUUUUGGCACUGUUGAUAGUUAUUGUUGUUGUUUUUACUGUUUGGUCCAAUCAUGUACUGUAGUCUCAGUCAUUGAUUUGUUAUCUUGUGUUUUUCCUCCUCUCUUGUCUUCCAGUAUGGUCUACUCCUUGGUAACCUCAUAACAGUAAAACUCUCAGUAUUUGAGCCAUCUUCCGGAUAUCAGAGACUGUUUUCUGGAAUUCCAACUAGCUAGCACAAAAACCAACUUUGCAGCAAAAAAUAGCACUUUGGGUCACAAUUUUUCUGUUUCAUCAGAAGGACAGUCGGUGGGUCUGGUCUGGGGGGAAGGGAAGAAUUUCAGCUCCAGUCCCCAUUGCCUCAAUGUAUGUAAAGGGACAUUACUGUUUACAGUUCUCUACAGGUCAAAAGUCCUUUAUGAGUCACAGUGACCACCAUAUCUACUUUUGUCCGUCACUGCCCGGCUAAUGUCUGUACUUACAGCCUGUCCUGUCCUGGAGAAGUACAGUAGCAUCACCACUACCGUAGUAGGGUACACAGUAGUGUUUGCACAGUUUGUCUCAGGCACAGCACAUAGAAACACAGCACAGCACAGUCGUGUUUGUCAUCGGGACAAACAGGUCUUCUUCGACACCCAUCUGCCCUUAGAGUCUCACCGAUAGUAGCUUCUUCUUCACUGGUGGGAAGGGGAGAUGACACAUCCUGUACAGAGACAUGGUGAACCUUCUGUUCAGGGACAAGGAAACCGGGUCAGCGAAUGUUGCAUUUUUACCUGCUGCAAUACAAUACAUGGCCUGUGUGUUUAUAUACAUUACAUAUGUGAAUGGCUUUUGUGAUGUGUGCAUUUUGUGUAUUCUUAACAAAAUCAUUUCUAAUGGAAAUAUGAUCUACGAAGAAUCAUAUACAAAUGGAAUAUUGUGUGGUUAUAGUGUUGUUAUUUGGUAGAGAAAUUAAAGCUUGUUUUUUAGAACUAGAAAAGCAGUAAUUCUUUGCACAGUAGUGUACGCCUAUAUCAUUUUUGUUGCCAAAUAUUUGCGAUGUUUGGUUGUGUUUCAAUACUCUAUAGUCUUUCCAUAAUGGACCGAAUGUGGUACUUAUUCAUUCACUUAAAUUAUUCAUAGUCAUUUAAAAUGAAUUGUUUCCCUUCACACUUUGUCCAAGAUACUUUUCAGCAAAUAUAAGUGAAUGGCAUAUCAGCCUCCACUGUAAGAUGACUAAUAUAUGAAAUGAACGACACUGUUAAUGUUCUAACUACCCCCUCUGUCAUUACCAUUAGCUAGCAGAUGCUGCCAAUAAUGAAACAGUGUCUGAAAACAGCUAUGGACUACAGAGCUUUUGGCAAUGCUGUUUCAUUUUAUUGUCUUUCAGAGAAUUCAUUAUACCAAUGCUGUCGGUUUGCUGCAUAGUUCGUAAUCAUGCAUCUUUACGCAGAAGUUUUGCAUUAACCUUUACUCAAGGACAAGACGGGAAUGCCCAUAUUGUUGUUUUCUGAUUUAAGAGCAUUUUGUAUGUUUACUGUGUAUGUGUCAACCUAAGAUGAAUUUAGAUAAUUGUUUAUGAAAUAAAGUAUGACUAUUUUAAAAUGUGA